AUGAACAGCAGUGGGCAACAAGCAUACCCCCUGGCCUCCCUGUACGUAGGGGACCUGCACCCUGACGUGACAGAGGCCAUGCUCUAUCAGAAGUUCUCUCCUGCUGGACCAAUUAUGUCCAUUCGUGUGUGUCGUGACAUCAUCACACGAAGAUCUCUUGGAUAUGCAUAUAUCAACUUCCAGCAGCCAGCUGAUGCGGAGUGUGCUUUGGAUACAAUGAACUAUGAGGUCCUCAAGGGUCGACCUAUCAGGAUAAUGUGGUCUCAGCGUGACCCAGGACUAAGGAAGUCUGGCGUGGGAAACAUUUUCAUCAAAAACAUGGACGAGUCCAUUGACAACAAAGCCCUUUAUGAUACUUUUUCAGCCUUUGGGAAUAUACUGUCUUGUAAGGUUGUGUGUGACGAGAAUGGCUCCAAGGGCUACGGCUUUGUUCACUUUGAGACACAAGAGGCAGCAAAUCGUGCCAUCGAUACUAUGAAUGGAAUGCUGCUCAAUGACAGAAAAGUUUUUGUUGGCCACUUUAAGUCCAGGAAAGAGCGUGAGGUAGAGUUUGGGGCCAAAGCCAUGAGGUUCACCAACGUUUACAUCAAGAACUUCAGCGAGGACUACACAGAUGACAGACUGAAGGGGGUCUUCUCACAAUUUGGCAGGACCAUGAGUGUACGCGUGAUGGUGGAUGAAAGGGGACGCUCUCGGGGAUUUGGCUUUGUAAAUUACGAAAACCAUGAAGAUGCUCAAAUGGCAGUUGAGGAAAUGAAUGGGAAAGAGCUGAAUGGUAAAGUGCUGUAUGUUGGGCGUGCUCAGAAAAGGCUUGAACGCCAGGGGGAGCUCAAGCGCAAGUUUGAACAAAUUAAACAGGAGCGCAUCCAACGCUAUCAGGGGGUUAAUCUGUAUGUCAAAAACCUGGAUGAUGGAAUAAACGAUGAGAAACUCCGGAAGGAGUUUGCCCCUUAUGGUACCAUUACUAGUGCCAAGGUGAUGACGGAUGGGGGACACAGCAAGGGGUUUGGCUUUGUGUGCUUCUCGUCCCCUGAGGAGGCCACAAAAGCUGUGACUGAAAUGAAUGGGCGCAUCGUUGCCACCAAGCCACUCUAUGUUGCUCUGGCCCAACGCAAAGAGGAACGCAAAGCCAUCCUCACCAACAAGUACAUGCAGAGACUUGCUACAGUCAGGACCAUGCCUGGCCCUGUAAUCGACUCCUACCAGCAGCCAGGGUACUACAUGUCUGCUGUGCCUCAGCCUCCCAGUCGUUCUUUCUUCAAUCCCAAUCAGAUGGGCACCAUAAGAACGUCACCUCGCUGGACUACGCAGCCACCUAGACCACAGGGUCCCUACUCUGCCCAGUUUGUGAGGACUGCUGUUCCCCGGCGUGCCUCCACCCCCAUCAGUGGUGUCCGCCAGGCCUCCACCCAGGCACCACGCAUCAUGAACUACACACAAAGAAUGGCAAAUAUUGGCACCCAGACAGCGGGUGGUCGUGCAGGCCUGUCAGGAGGUAUGGUCAGAGGCACCCAGUACAAGUACUCCUCUGGGGUCAGGAACCUCCAGCAGGUCAUCACUGUGCCAACACCAAUAACAAUGCAACAGGUUAUGCCCUAUCCUGUGAUGGAGCAGGCAGUGCAUGUCCGGGGCCAGGAGCCUCUCACAGCCUCCAUGCUGGCUUCAGCCCCUCUCAUGGAGCAGAAACAGUUGCUGGGUGAGCGACUGUACCCUCUAAUUCAUGCCCUUCAUCCAAAAUUGGCUGGAAAAAUAACUGGCAUGUUACUGGAGAUUGACAACUCAGAGUUGUUGCACAUGCUGGAGUCCUCCGAGUCCCUGCAUUCUAAGGUGGAGGAAGCUGUGGCUGUGCUGCAGGCCCACCAGGCCAAGGAACACUCUCCUAAGAAGUAAAGGACCCCUUCAGGACUACAAAACGGAAAGGAUUUUCUGAAGGAGAAG